UUUAUAUGAACUCUAAAACGUUUUCUUUAUGAUUUUGGUUUCACCAACUAAAAAUUGGAGUCUUCGGAAUCAAAAUCAAACAAGCAAAAGUAAUAUAUAUACAUAUGCACACAGACAAAAAAAAAAAAUCCUAUGUAAAUCUAUUGAUUUAUAAAUAGAGAGGAAGAACAAUGUUGAAUACUUUGAGUUUGAGUUGGGCCUUGAAUUCCAUGGCUUGGAGAGGAUUGGUCUACACGGUUUUAAUACUCAACUUUGCAUUGGUUUGCCAGUUUCUGCUUCUCCAGCCUCUCGUUUCUGCUUUCGAUGGAAAGCCAGGAAAUGCUGCUGAGUUGUUCGAGAGAGUUUCACAGAGUAUAAAGGUGAAACACUACAGUGAGGCACUCAAUGAUCUUAAUGCUGCUAUUGAGGCAGAUCCAGCGUUUUCAGAAGCACAUUUACGCCGUGCAUCUGUUCUACGUCAGCUCUGCCGAUAUGAGGAAUCUGAGAAAAGCUACAAAAGGUUUCUGGAACUAAAACCUGGAAAUUCGGUUGCUGAAAAGGAACUUUCUCAAUUGCAUCAGGCUCAAAAUGCUUUGGAAACAGCUUUCAGUCUCUUUGACUCUGGAGACUCUACAAAAGCUUUGGAAUACUUGGAUAAAGUUGUACUAGUUUUUUCUCCAGCAUGCUCAAAGGCCAAGCUCCUCAAGGUGAAGUUGUUGUUAGCAGCUAAAGACUAUUCUAGUGCUAUAUCAGAAACUGGGUAUAUCCUCAAGGAAGACGAGAACAAUCUUGAGGCCUUACUACUUCGUGGCCGUGCAUACUACUAUUUAGCAGAUCAUGAUGUUGCUCAAAGGCAUUACCAGAAAGGUCUUCGCCUUGAUCCAGAGCACAGUGAACUGAAGAAAGCUUAUUUUGGAUUGAAAAAUUUACUGAAGAAGACUAAAAGUGCAGAAGAUAAUGUAAACAAGGGAAAGCUGCGCCUUGCAGCUGAGGACUACAAAGGAGCACUUGCAUUGGACCCCAAUCAUCUUGCUUACAAUGUGCAUCUUCACCUUGGGUUGUGCAAGGUCUUGGUUAAGCUUGGCAGAGGCAAGGAUGCUUUAAAUAGUUGCUCUGAAGCGCUUAACAUUGAUGGGGAGCUUCUUGAAGCUUUAGUACAGAGGGGUGAGGCUAAACUUUUAACAGAGGAUUGGGAAGGUGCUGUGGAAGAUCUGAAAUCAGCAGCUCAACGAUCACCUCAGGAUAUGAAUAUACGUGAAGCACUUAUGAGGGCUGAGAAAGCUUUGAAGAUGAGCAAACGCAAAGACUGGUACAAAAUUCUGGGAGUUUCAAAGACUGCUUCUGUAGCUGAGAUAAAGCGUGCAUACAAGAAGCUUGCUUUGCAAUGGCACCCAGAUAAGAAUGUUGAUAAUAGAGAAGAAGCUGAGGAACAAUUUCGAGAAAUUGCCGCUGCAUAUGAGGUUCUUGGGGAUGAGGAAAAGAGAUCAAGGUAUGACAGAGGAGAAGAUAUUGAAGACAUGGGUACGGGAGGUGGUGGUUUCAACCCAUUUGGUGGUGGUGGGGGACAGCAUUUCACAUUUACGUUUGAUGGAGGUUUUGGAGGCUUUCCUGGUGGUGGAGGAUUUGGUUUCGAUUUUUGAUUGCAGUGAAGUAUGGGUUUUGGAUACCUUCACGAAACGGUUAUAAAAGUGCAUUUUUUAGCUUGAACCCUAACACCAGUAUGAGUAGGACUGACAUCUUCCGGCAGUAUGUAACUUACACCUUUAGAACUGGCUUCUUACAUGACAAUGUAUCCCUUCACAAAAUAUUCCUUAUUUAAUUGAUUUUAUAAUUUUUUAUCAGUUGAUGUCUUGGUGAUAGGAAAUUGAAGAGCUGAACUUAGUGAUAUCUUGCGACUUUCUUUA